GUUACCUGUCAUUUCAUCAGAUUCUCUCCAGCAGAGGCCGUUUACAUCUCUUGACAGGGACUUGCACCAAAUCACCCUGCAUAAUGUCGAUAGCCCAGUCUGCUAAAUCUUCACCACGUGCACAAAAGUGCAAUUUUCAAGAAACCCGUGGCUCUUUCAACAAGUCCAUGGCUGUCUUGCGUUGGUAACUGGUGUCAGGUUUGGAUUGAGGAUUGAGAGCUCUUGCGCCUUUUCUCACUACAUUAUAACACUUUUUUUUUUUUUUUUAAUUGAUUUUGAAAGAAGGGAAAAAUCCGAUUUUUUUUUUUUUUUUUUAACUGAGCCAAGACGUCAAAAGAGCAGUAUGUCUCCGUGUGCAGCUCACCAUCAUAAUGGCCAACUAGCAGUGCAGCAUCAGCUGGAUUAACGCUGAGAAAUUUCGAUGUCAGUACGACUUCAUUACAUUAAAAGAAAGUGCAUUCAUCGAACAAAAAGAAGUUGAAAAAAAUCAUAAUGUCCAAAAACACUUCUUUGUAUUUUCGAAUUGUAGAAGGAAGAAAUCUACCUGCUAAAGACGUCUCUGGUACUAGUGAUCCUUACUGCAUAGUGAAAGUGGAUAAUGAAGUUGUGGCCAGGACAGCGACCGUGUGGAAGAAUCUGAACCCGUUUUGGGGAGAGGAGUACACCCUCCACCUGCCUAUGGGGUUCCACACCCUGUCUUUCUAUGUCAUGGAUGAGGAUACAAUUGGCCAUGACGAUGUCAUUGGAAAAAUCUCUUUAAACAAAGAAGCGAUUGGUUCCCAAGCCAAAGGGCUGGAUAAUUGGAUGAACCUGACGAGAGUGGACCCAGACGAGGAGGUCCAGGGUGAGAUUCACUUGGGGCUGGAGCUGCUCAGAGACCCACUCUGGACAGGACUGCGCUGCCACGUCAUCGAGGCCAGAGACCUGGCCCCUCGAGACAUCUCUGGGACCUCCGACCCCUUCGCCAGGAUACUGUUGAACAACAGGACGGCCGAGACCUCUAUCAUCAAGAAGACACGCUUCCCUCACUGGGACGAGGUGCUGGAGCUGGAGCUGGAGCUGGAGGGCUCCGAAGGGGCGGAGGGGCGCAGCCUCACUCUGGAGGUGUGGGACUGGGACUUGGUGGGAAAGAACGACUUCCUGGGAAAGGUGGAGAUCCCCCUGGAAUGCUUGCAGAGGUCCCCCCAGGUCCGGGGCUGGUUUCGGCUGCUGCCCCUAGGAAACAUGGAGGAUGAUGCAGGGGGUAAGCUGGGAGCCCUGAGAUUGACAAUCCGCCUGGCAGAGGACCGCAUCCUGCCUUCAAUGUACUAUCAGCCCCUGAUUGACCUGCUGGUGGAGUCUGUGAUCUGUCCUGCUGAGGUGGAGGACACCACCCCACUGACCAUGCUAGAGGAAGUGACAACAGUGGAGAGUCGCCAGGAUGUUGCUAUGACGCUGGUCAAGAUUUACUUGGGCCAGGGGCUGGUGGUGCCCUUCCUGGACUACCUCAACAUGAGAGAGGUCAACCAGACCUCCGAUCCCAACACUCUGUUCAGAUCCAACUCCCUUGCGUCAAAGGCCAUGGAGCAGUUUAUGAAGGCCGUGGGAAUGCUGUACCUCCAUGAAGUCUUAAAGCCCAUUGUGAACAGGAUCUUCGACGAGAAGAAAUACAUCGAGCUGGACCCGUGUAAGAUUGAGCUGAAUCGAAGCAGGCGCAUCCCGUUCAAGGGCUCGGUGUCAGAGGCCGAGGUGCGGGAGAGCAGCCUGGAGCUCCUGCGGGCCUACCUGUCCAGCAUCAUGGACUCCAUCAUGGGCUCCGUGGCCAGGUGUCCCCCUGUCAUGAGAGUGGCCUUCAAGCAGCUUCACAAGAGAGUGGAGGAGCAGUUCCCUGAGGCAGAAAAUGAGGAUGUGAAGUACCUGGCCAUCAGUGGAUUCUUCUUCCUGCGAUUCUUUGCCCCUGCGAUCCUGACUCCGAAGCUGUUCAACCUGAGAGACCACCACGCAGACACGCGCACAAGCCGCACGCUGCUGCUGCUGGCCAAGGCUGUGCAGAGCAUUGGGAACCUGGGCCUGCAGCUGGGCCAUGGGAAGGAGCAGUGGAUGGCUCCCCUGCACCCCUUCAUCCUUCAGAGCGUCUGCUGUGUGAAGGACUUCCUGGACAAGCUUAUAGACAUCGACAAUGAGAACGUGUCGGAGGUACACCAGCGUGCUGUGUUCUUGCCCUCGGUCACGGUGAAGGAAGGCUACCUGCACAAGCGCAAGGCCGAGAGCCCACAGCUCCUGACACGCUUUGCCUUCAAGAAGCGUUACUUCUGGCUGAGCAGCGAGACGCUGUCCUACGCCAAGUCACCAGACUGGCAGGUGCGAUCAUCGAUCCCUGUCCAGCGGAUCUGUGCCGUGGAGAGGGUGGAUGAAAACGCCUUCCAGCAGCAGAACAUGAUGCAGGUGGUCACUCAGGACAAUGACGGGCAGCUUCACACCAUGUACAUCCUGUGCAAGCAGAAUGUGAAUGAGCUGAACCAGUGGCUGUCCUCGAUCAGGAAGGCCAGUAUCUACAAUGAGAGGAUGCUGCCCUCCUUCCACCCAGGGGCUCACAGGAGUGGAAAGUGGAGCUGCUGUCUGCAGUCGGACAGGACUGUCCAUGGUUGCAGCCGCACACACUCUGCUGUCACGCUCGGAGACUGGAGUGACCCGCUAGACCCUGAUGCAGAGAUCCAGACCAUCUACAGACAGCUGCUGCAGGGUCGGGACAAGCUCAGGAAGAAGUACCUGGAGUCUGCUGAUGCAGAAACUGCCAUGGACCAGGAGGAGAGGAAACACAGCCCCAGAAUUCGACCAGGCAGGGUGGAGCGGAGCAGAAACUUCCACGAGCACAGGAUGGCAGCAGCAGCGCAUCUUCUCGACGUGGUUCAGGAUCUGGAGCGUGCUCACCAGGCCUUCGAACGACGGGAGAAAGAGGAGACGGCCAAUGAGAUCCUGCCUCCUUAAGCCUUGCCCCUCAGGGGGUGGGGCAAGAGAUAGAAUGCAAAUUAACAGCUCCCAUUCCCAUUGUAUUUUGUUUUGGUGGAUGUCUGUCAAACUUGUCGCUAACGCUGUUUGUGUUUUAUUGGAUGGGUAAGGGGGAUUGGUCAGAAAGCCAUACAGGUUCAUACGUUACUUUGCAGGAAGUUACAAGGAAGAAAGCUUUUAAAUAAAUGUAUUUCUACAAGCAUCAGAUAAAAAGGCCUGUCAGCUAUGGACUCAGUAACAUAAAAUAUCUAAGGUAUUCAGACAUUUACAAUAAUAGAGCUUGUCACAAUUUCAGCUAGGAGCAAACUAUGGACAUUCCUUAUGUCCUUCUUAAAUAAUCUAUAACCUGUUUUCUUACAAUACCCAUGCUUGAUUGUUUGAGCUAUUGAAGACCAUAUCUUUGGAUCCGUUGCACUGAAUUCACGUGGACGUUUGUUACAAGCAGGUUUUCCACACUUUGCAUGUAUAAGCUUUUUUACUGUAAAUACUAAAAAGUAGGUAUUCCUCAUUCAGUGAGUGUUGGCCCAGAUAUAGACAGUAGAUACUUAGAUACUUAUCUGGGCAUACUGAGAUCUGCAAUAGCCACUGGAUGAUGCAACAAGAACAAAAGUUCAAUGCUAUGGAAGACCAGUUUUAGAUUGGAAAAAACAAACUUCAUUAUCCAGCUGGAGCCACAUCAACUUCAGUGGUUCUGUACUAAAAAGUUGCUGGUAGCACAUUGCAGCUAUUGGUGGAAUAGUACCACCGUGUUCACAUUUUUAUAAUGAUUUCGCAAUGGUAUGAAUUAAUACACACUGGUAAUCCAUUGCAGUGCCAUAUCAGUACCACUGUUCCAAACCUGUUGGCAUUGUGUCUAAUGCAGUGUUCUGCUAAUGGUUUAGUCUGGGUUUCUCCUGGAUAAUACACUGAGAUUAUAAUGAUAUAUCAGUGCUCCUCUUCUUAUGGGCCCAGGCUCACGAGCAGAGGAAAGGGUUUUAUACCAAGGCGUUUCUCAGUACAAUAUUUCAUCCCAAGUGCUGUGUCAGUUUGAAUCAAUCAAUCUAGAUAUUUGUACGUUUCAGAUGUGUCAGUAUUAGCAAUGGCCAAGAAGAAGUAUACUGCAGUAAGAGGUCCUUUAGCAACAAUGCAGAAGGAAACGCUUGAGAGGGGUCUUUGCUUGUUUUAAUACAUGAACAUUUGGAUAUUGAAUAAUUUUUGCUGCUGCUGCUGUAGUUGAAAGCAUGAGCCCCAGUUUGUCUUUGCUCAAUAGUUGCCUGUGCUUGAUCAUAUUUAUUGUAUGUUACUGAGUCCACAAUGUACAGUAUUGUUUGUACAGUAACUGUCAGUGAAAUGACCAAUGCGCCCCUAAAGUUAUAUUAACUCAUGUCUUCUGCUUGUUUUCUUUCUUGCCAAUAUUUUUUACGGAUGCAUUUCUUACAUCCACUAGUGUUGCAGAGGUUAAUGGUUCAGUUGUGGUCUACCAGAUGUAGAGUCUAAGAGCUCUACUGAGAGCACUAUUGAUUGUGGUCUACCAGAUGUACAGUAUAAGAGCUCUACUGGUCACCAGGGUGUUAUGACGGAAACAGAAAAUUAUACAAAGUAAAUCCAAACAAGAAAAGGACAUUAGUCAAGAUAACUAAUAUUACACACCCACAAUGCACUGCCAACUGGGCAAUGUAGUUUUCACCCAUCAAUACUGGCAGUGUGUAAGUACACCCAUACAGCAUGUGAAAGGAAAGUUUGUGCUGGUUUCUAUGCAUGGUGAUUGCUCAUUGCAUUCAGUCGUGUUUGUAUACAGACAAUUAAUGGUUGCCCAGAAAAGUAUCGUAUUUACAAUAGCUUUGCCUGUCAAUGGGUUGUUACUCAUCAUUUUAUGAUAUUUUUUUAUGAAUGUUGCUGCAAUAUUUAUUUCUAACAUACUGUUUAGUAUGGAACAUGGGGAGCCAACAAACCUGAUAGAUCAAGCAUCUUAAAAGAUCAAAAGAGGAAAUGACCAUUACCAGCAAUGGAUUGAGUUCAGAACAUUGUUUAGAAAUGGUUCAAAGUAAAAUUAGAAUGGUAUUUUAAGUCAGUGGCCAGUAAAUUUAGUUAAAUAUACAGUAUAUAUUCAUAUUCAUUCAUUUUUUCCCACAUUUUGUUGUUGAGAAACAAAUUACAACACUCAACUUUGCUGUAAGCUGAAUACACAGAUGCUGUUAUCCCAGUGCCAUUCAAUUUCAUCUCAUUUCACUGGCAAUUUAAACAGUGCAGUGCCCUGUGCUGUUUCUCCUUCAUCCUUCAUUAAGGUGUCUAGCUUUAAGUUGAAAACAGAUGAUAUAAAGAGACUUACAUUAAACCAAUAUCUGGUAGCCGCAUAUCACAUUGUACAUGCAAGUCAGUCACAAUUAUGCUACUAGGAAGGGUAAGAAAUAAGUUACUUAGUCAUGUUGUUGAUGCUGAAAUGACUGGGAUCAGGCACUAGGAGCCGGACAAGCAUUGAUGGGCCAAAUAGCCUCCUCUCGCUCGUUUGUCUUGUGCUUUCAUGUGGGAUUAUAUAUUUCAUUAUGCUAAACUACUGUAUGUUACUGGCAGCCAUUUGUAAAUAUAUAUAUAUACACACACACACACACACUGUAUAUAUAAAUAUUGGAAGAUACCAAUGUUUUAUAGUUGUUGCCGUAUGUGCCAAUAUGUAUUUCUGAAACAUUAUUGAUGGCCAAAUUAUAACUGCCAAAAUAUAUUUCUAACACAAAGAUUUGCAUACGCCUUGAUGUAAUUAAAUGUAUGGCUUUGGUGGACUGAAACAAUGCCGGUGGCGUUGU